UCCUCUUCACCAUUUCCAUGACCACUUAAGAAAAAAAUAUGCAAAAUUCAAAUUUUUUUCUUCAACAAGGUGAUCCAAGUGUUGCAAACAAAUGGGCAGCCAAUCUUCUCAAGGAAUGUGCAAAGGCAAUCUCUGAUAAGGAUUCUGCAAAGAUUCAGCAUAUCUUAUGGAUGCUUAAUGAGCUUGCUUCCCCUUAUGGAGAUUGUGAGCAAAAGAUAGCUUCUUACUUUCUUCAAGCUCUCUUCUGCAAGGUGACAGAGUCCGGCGAGCAAUCUUACAGAACUCUUGUUUCUGCAGCUGAGAAGAGCCAUUCUUUCGAGUCGGCGAGGAAGGUGAUUCUUAAGUUUCAGGAGGUAAGUCCAUGGACAACCUUUGGUCAUGUAGCUGCCAACAGUGCAAUCCUGGAGGCUUUAGAAGGUGAGCCAAAGCUUCACAUAAUUGAUAUCAGUAACACUUACUGCACCCAAUGGCCUACUUUACUUGAAUCAUUGGCGACCCGUAGCGAUGAGACGCCGCACUUGAAGCUUUCUGUUGUAGUCAUCGGCGGCGGCCCGGGAGGAUCUGUGAUGAAGGAGAUAGGCCAAAGGAUGGAGAAAUUUGCGAGGUUGAUGGGAGUACCAUUUGAAUUCAAUGUCAUAAACAGGAAUUCCAGUUUAUCUGAACUGAGGGAGAAGGAAUUUGGAGUAAAGGAAGAUGAAGCUGUUGCUGUGAAUUGCAUAGGAGCUUUUCGAAGAGUAGGGGUAGAAAGGCGGGAAGAGUUUGUUCGAAUGAUCAGUUCUCUUCGGCCGAGAGUUGUUACUGUUGUGGAGGAAGAAGUAGAUUUCAGUAGCAAUAGAGAUGAUUUCUUCAAGUGCUUUGAAGAAUGCUUGAGAUUUUACAGUAUGUUUUUUGAGAUGUUGGAAGAGAGCUUUGUGCCUACUAGCAAUGAGAGGCUUAUGUUGGAAAGGGAGUGUUCAAGGAGUAUACUUGGUCUUUUGGCUUGUGGAGAAGAUGCUGAGUGUGCUGAGAGAAGAGAGAAGGGGACUCAAUGGUGUAAGAGAUUAUCAGAAGCUUUCGUCGCGGCGAGUUUCAGCGAAGAUGCUAUUGAUGAUGUGAAGGCUUUACUGAAGAGAUAUCAGCUAGGUUGGUCUCUUCUACCAGCAUCUGGAGAUUCAUCAGGGCUGUUUUUAACAUGGAAGGAGGAACCAGUUGUUUGGGCUUCAGUAUGGAAACCAGUCUGAGCAAAAGGAAAUGAAAAAAAGAGUUGAUAAAGUUUAAAUCAAUCAAUGUGUGCAGAUUCAUAAUCAAUUUAUAAAGUUUUUGAGAUUUGAUUUCAUUCGCUUCUUCAGUCCAAACAAAGCCUUAAUGUUUGUUUCUUUGUGUUUCUUAUUUUUCUUCUUUGUUCAAGUCCUCUUUGGAGAAA